AUGGGUCAUCUGGUCAACGUGAACUGGGUUACCUCUCAGGAGGUCAAGAACAGCUUCCAAUCCAUCAUUGAAUCUCUCGCCACCCACUCAGAGAAACUCCAGCAGCUCAGCAGGAACAUGUCAACCCUCAGCAGAAACACUGGUUCGACCACCCCUGCAGAAGCCUUGUCCUCCAGCCAGGUCCCUGAUGGUAUGCCAAAUUCAUCAGGGCUUUUUCAAUCAGAUUUCGUUGGGUUGAAUACUCAGCUGAACGCAAACCCAGCUGAAUUCUAUCCGCAAGCGAAUGUGCUCUCUCAAGGGCCAGCGAAUGGGGGGUAUCAGUCUGCAAUGCCGACAACAGUUAACCCACAGGCAUUGGUACUGCCACAGGAACCACAAUUCAACUUUCCCAACACACUGAUCCAGCAUCAAUCCAACCCAGCUAUGUUCGCCCCUCCCUUUAUGCCACUCAUGGAUCUGGCAACUGGCCUUAAUGUGAAUUUCCACCCAAUACAACGUCCAAGCUCAAUGCCCCCAGGCAUGACCCUGCCCAUUGCCUCCGAUUUCAAUCAUAUCAACAUUGAGCGCCCAAGGUCUGGUCCAAUCAUAAAUGGGUAUACUCAAGCAUUGAAGUGUUCCACAGAUGGCAAACAACACCCUGACCCCAAGCGCAAUCACUUUGGUUAA